GAAAAGGCUAAAACAAGAAACCCCGUUUUUUGGCGCUCUACCUACGGUCACAUUAUAUUUUAGCAAACACGAAAUUCUUUUAAACUUGACUUAAAUUAGGCGAUAAAUGAUGAUGUGGAUUGCCCAAAACACCCAGGUUCAUUUGGUGACACUAAAGGAUCCGCCAAAGACCAUCCGAUUCAGUUUCCUGGAGACCAAGUUCGGUCAGAUAAUGAUGGGAGUAAGUGAUCAAAUAACCGGGGAUUUGAAAGCUCAAGUCGCAAUUACUGUGCUUCAUUUCGUGGAUAAGAACAUUUUGAGCACCUACAAUGAAGUCCGAAAGCGGUGGCCAAAAUCCGAACUCUGGAAGGACGAUGAUGGGGUCAAGUUGGUUGCGGAUAAACUGUUCGGAGGCGACAAGGAAAACUCGGAUGCGGUUACCAUUGCUAUCUUUGGAACCGAUUUCCAGCUGUCCGUAUGGCGAGCUCUGGUGGAUAUGAAAAUGGGGGAGACCUGCACCUACUCCCCUGUGGCACGGAAUGAGGUGGCAGUCCUCAUUCCGUGCCACAGGAUUGUGUCCCAAAAUGGAGCUUCGAAGUACCACUGGGGCACAGCCCUCAAGCAGCAGCUCCUAGCCUAUGAGAAGUCAGAGAACCAUUAAAAAGUGUUACUUGUAUCUUUAUUGAAACUCAA